UAGUUGAUUUUGAUGACAAAGAUUUUUAUUCGAUAUAUUUGUUUCAUUUUCAAUGCUGUAUCGACGCUCUUUAUUAUGAUGUAGAACAUAAACCAUUGAACUGAUUGAAGAAAUUUCCAUGGAGCACAAAGCAAGUGGAAGUACAAGUGUCUGCGAAUAUGGUUCGAAACAUUUUCGAGACGAUGAAAUAACUUCUCAGAGUCCAAUGCAGUCUACAUCAUUAACAAUUGUGAAGUUUUUGGUUGAAUAUUGUGCUGCUGACUUAAGUUGUAAAGAUGAGUUGGGCAGAACUGCUUUACAUCAUGCUGUUCAUGUUGGUGAAAAAGACAUUAUGAAAUAUUUUGUUGAACAAUGUGGCGCUGAUGUAAAUGACAAGGAUAAAAGAGGGAGGACAGCGCUGAACUAUGCUGUUACUAAAGGUGCUCUAGAAAUGGUAAAAUAUAUUGUUGAACAUGGCGCUGAUGUAAAUGACAAGGAUAAAAGAGGGUGGACAGCGCUGAACGAUGCUGUUACUAUAGGUGCUCUAGAAAUGGUAAAAUAUCUUGUUGAACAUGGCGCUGAUGUUAAUGACAAGGAUACAUACGGAUGGACAGUGCUUCACUAUGCUCUUAUUAAAGGUACGGUAGAAAUAGUGAAAUAUCUUGUUGAACAUGGCGCUGAUGUAAAUGGCAAGGAUACAUACGGAUGGACAGUGCUUCGCUAUGCUGUUACUAAAGGUACGCUAGAAAUUGUGAAAUAUCUUGUUGAAAAGGGCGCUGAUGUAAAUAGCAAGGAUACUUACGGGCGGACAGUGCUGCAAACUGCUGUUAAAAAAGGUUCGCUAGAAAUAGUUAAAUAUCUCGUUGAACAUGCUGCUGAUGUAAAUGGAAAGGAUAAUCACGGGUCAACGGUGUUGCACUAUGCUGUUACUAAAGGUUUACUAGAAAUAGUAAAAUAUCUUGUUGAACACGGCGCUGAUGUGAAUGGCAAGAAUACUGACGGAAUGACAGUGCUGCACACUGCUGUUACUCAAGGUAGGCUAGAAAUAGUAAAAUGUCUUGUUAAACAUGGUGCUGACGUAACUCUUAGAAGUGAACGUAGCGUUCACACUCUUGGCAAUGACAUCCUGAAGAUGGCUGUUGUAAAAAAUUCAGUUGCUUUGGUCAAUCUUCUGCUGGAAAAGAACAUCGCUGUGUGGAGAGCUGGAACAUUGUUUGUUGAAGGAAGACAAAUGAGUCUUCUUGAAUGGAGUAUUUACCUUGGUCAUGAUGAAAUUACAACUAUCCUCAAAAGGUCCGUAAAUCAUCGUGAGAAGAUUCAGAUGUUGAAAACAAUGAAUUGCAACAAGUUAGAAGAGACUGAAACACCAAUGCAGGCUUUUGUCGCAAAGAAUCAAUUCAAAAUUGGCGAUGGUGGUUUUUCUUGUGUCUAUGUUGGUCUCAUGAAGGAUGGAAGUGAAGUUGCUGUUAAGAGAAUUUUGGUACAAAGUGAGGAUGAAACAGUUGAAAAUGAAAAGGAAAUCAUGAGUCUCAUUGAAACAAACUCUCCAUUUAUAGUGAAAUAUCGACAUUUUCACCGUGACGAUACCUUCAUGUAUCUUAUUGUUGAUCUUUGCGAAGAAACCUUGAGGGAACUUGUUCGUGCAUGCAGUAUUGAACAUCUACAAGAGCAUGGUCCACGAAUGAUUAGGGAAAUUCUAUCAGGACUUGAAUUUCUUCAUUGUAAAGGAAUAUUGCACAGAGAUCUAAAACCAUCAAACGUCCUGGUUGAUAUCGAAGGUCGCAUGAAAUUGGCAGACUUUGGAAUAAGCCGCGUUCUAAAUGAAGAUGAAACGACAGUUGCAACGGAUGCUAAAGGUACUCGCGGAUGGAUGCCACCGGAAGUAAUUGAGGCAAUAGUUAAGAAAGAAAAGGGUCGUUUCAAAAAAAAAUCAGAUGUCCAUGUCGCGGGUAUGAUUGCUUUUUACGUGUUAAGCAAAGGUGAACAUCCUUUUGGAUCUGAAUUAGAUCGAAUGAAAAAUAUUUUAGAAGAUAAUCCUGUCAAUCUGGAGAAACUUGGUGACCGCGAAGCUCGUAGGUUUGUAUCGUGGAUGAUAAAUUACAAGAUUGAUGAUAGACCUGAUGCUGACGAAGCAUUGAGAGAUUCCUUAUUUAUCAACACCACAAGGAACACAGCGAACAAUUAGACCAUCAACCACGACGUUUGUUUUAGAUUAUGAAUCCUUCUUAGCCCAACUUUGUCCAUGAAGGACGACAAAAAUUCGAGUGCGACAGAACUUGUAGUAUCUGGUGACAUUGUAGAGCAAUGCUGAACGCGACCGCCGUGGAUUUGUAUUUCGUAGAACGUCGGCAGCAACUUUGAUGGUCGGUAGCAUCAUUUACAGCUUCGGAAGUCGCCGUGUAUUUCGCGGCACUUUCCGAAUCCUUUUGUCAAAAAUCGAUAACACGUUGAAUACUGUUGUUUAAUGUAUUUUAAUAAUUUGCGAGGAUGUUUUAUCGAGGUGAUUCUUAAUCCUAUGCCAAUCAGGGUGACAAUAGUUUAGCAGAAUGCGCUGUAGUUCUUAUUAAUAAAUU